AUGUCCGACACCAGCUUCGGGUCUCCCUCCUACACGCCGAGCACACCUACGCUCGCGAGUCUGUCACUUGCUCGUAUACGUUUGCGCCGCGCCGAACUUGACGCGGCUGUGGAAAUACGCCGCCUUGAGCUUGAAGCGCUGGAGGCUCAGUUCGCCGAGGCUCACGCGACUUCAGCUGUUGCCCACGUGCUAGAAGAGGACGUUGCUCCCCUCACAGAUGCGACAGCGCCCGUCACUGGCUCCGAAAGACAAGAGGUCGGGAACAUGGAUAUGGAAGCGUCGGAAGGGAGAUCAAGAGACCCGCCCAUCCGAGCUCGUACCUUGGACGCGUUCGGGGCGAGCCAGAUGGGCGAACCCCGCACUGAAGACAAUCCGGGGGCAGAUGACACCGUCGACGGUGUGCAAGGCGCGGAGGGACUUGAGCCCGCGAUUGAUACUAACACUCACAGCCUGGUCGAAUAUAGUCAUGGGUCGACUGAUGCCCAUAGCGAAUCUUACACUGAGCAUGAUGUAGCGCCAAGCGCCGCCGAAGAAGCUGCUGUAGUCACCGCGCACACUCCUGUCACGACGCUCGCGGAACCCCUUAUCAAUCAAAAUGCUGUGAUUGCCGGAACCGACGAGCCCACGUCACAUCCCGAGAGCGACGACCAGCCGGAGGUUAUCGAGGUACCCGACGAAGAGAGCGACGAAGAGAGCGAUGUGGGCGCUGUUGCACGCGUAAUGACGACGCGCGAAUUCAACUCUCGCGUAGCAUGCCUCGCUGGCAUCACCUCAAACCUGCCGGGCGCCGGGUGGCUGACUUUUGCUUGCUUGAUGAUGGCUGUCCAUCUGUUCGAGGGGAUCCACGGGUUUCAUUCUGGUCCAGUACGACUUCCUACAGGCGAUGUGCGGAGCAUAUCGAAGUGGCAGUCAAGAUCACAUUUCACCGCUCUAGACCCGCCCAGCCGCGUGGAACGUGACUACGUUGCAUUGGUCGCUCAGCUGUAUAUCAACAUUCGCCGCAUGAGCUUCCACGAUGUCUCGCUCAUGUACGGUCGCUACGGUCUCAUUGGGCUUGCAUACGGGAUCAUCCAGGCCUACUCCUUCCAGCCUUCGCAAGAUCUACUGAUCGUCGCAAACGAUCUCGUGGACUUAUUCAACUCCAUUCGCGCCAUACGCUCAGGUAGUGAGGUCACGGUGUUCUUCGAUGUUGAUGGUACCGUUGAAGAUGCCUUGAAGGAUGUCGACGCCGCGGCCGCGGCGUCCGCGUCGAUGGCCCUCGAACGGCUCGCCAGUGCCAUUUCUCGCAUGCCUCCAUCAGUACCGUCAAAGCGGCCUCGUAAUCGGGAUGAGGACGACAAAGACGGCGGUAGCGGAACUAGUGGUGAUGGAGCGUCCCCGAAGCCCGCGAAAAGGGCUAAGGUGGAGGCCUGA